GACGCUGUAUCAAUUUUAGUAACGAGUGUCAGCUUAUCAUGAUAAAUAUUUUAUUAAAAUGUGUAAAUCAUUUUCAAAAUCACUUAAAAAUUGCGAUAUUAAACGAAAACAAGAAAAUGAUACAUUUUCUACCUCGACUACGUAAGGAAACAUUUGAAAUGUUAAAAAGGGAUACAAUAUCGAUACCGUAUAUUGAUGAGUAUUAUAAAAAAGAUCUAAUAAAUAAAAAAUUUGAUAGUAUACGUAGACACAUGGAAAUACACAAAUGUGUACAGAGAACAGAAAUGGCAAGUAUUAUAGAUCUUAUAAAUUCAGUGCAUGUUAUAGAUACUUAUAAGAUAUUCUUAUUACUUUCCUGGUGUAAUAAUUUAACCGAUUGUUUACCAGUAGACAAAGUAAAACUUGGAAGAUCUUUAUGGUUGAUUUUGGAUGUGUGCAAUUUUGAGAUGUCCACAGCCCAUUAUAAUGAGCUUUUAAAAUUAUAUACAAGAAAUGAAUAUGAUUUUUCAACUAUGGAAUUACUAACGCACAUGAAAUGUAAACAAAUUUAUCCAAAUGAUAUCACAUAUGAGAUGUGUAUUAAAUAUUGUUGUGUGAAGGGGAAUAUUGACAUGGCAUUAAUGUUUGUUGAAGAUAUGCGGAAGUUACAAUUUCCUAUAUCGGAAUCUGUCUUUAAUUCAUUAAUAUUGGGAUAUUCUCAAUCUGGAGAUAUAGGGAAUGUAAAUAAAAUUCUAAAUUAUAUGAAAGAACAGAAAUUAAAAUUAACUACUGGAACAUAUGCUGCUCUUAUAUAUACUCAUGCUAAAUUGAAUAAUGUUGUUAAAAUCGAAGAAACAAUUCAGCAUUGCAAUUUAAACAACAUACACUUCUCUAACAAAAAUAUUUUAAAUGUGAUUUAUAUAUUAGUAGGGAAUAAUAACAUCAAAGAUGUUCACACUAUGUAUCAAUAUUUAAAAAAAAAGAACACCAUUCUAAAUAUUGAAAUAGAAAUUAUAUUAAAGUUAAUAAAUAUUAAUCACAUAUACUUAGCUAUGAAGGCACUAUCAUGUAUAGGUUUACAUGAUAAACACCCUCAAUUUGAAAAUAUUCUGAGAUUAAUUUUAGAACAUGUAGUUAAUAAUAGAGUGUUAAUUAAUGAUAUUAUUAAGCUAUGUACGAUUUCUAAAGACGAAACAGUGUUCAAGAAAUGUUUUUUAAUAUUAUUAUAUUAUUCGUUAAUGAAGAAUGACCAUUUAUCUCUUCCUUUGCUUAGAAUAUUUAAAAGUCAUUAUCUAAUAAAGCCACAUUAUUUUUGGCCACUGUUACUUAGACAGGCAACUAAAUAUGAUUUUGAAGGUAUUUUAGGUAUUCUUAAAAUUAUGGUCAAUGACUUUAAUAUAUUACCUUGCAUUGAUACAAUUACUGAUUACGUUUUGCCAUUUACUUUUGGAAAAAUAUCUCACAUAAGAAAUUUAUUAAUAAAACAUAAUAUAAGUGAAACAACGAUUAAUAAUGCUUAUGUAUUAUUACUAUUGAGAAAAAAAAAGAUAGUAGAAGCUGCUAUAUAUAUGCGAUAUUUCAAAGGUGAAUAUUUUUAUAAAAUUAUUGCUUCUGAUCUCAGACAAGCUUCAAUAUUUAAAAAUGAUAUAUAUAAUUUUGUAAAUAUCAGUAAGAACUUAAUAGAAAACACUGAUCCAAAUUCAAUAUUGAUGUUAAAUAACAAAUCAAGUAAUGUAACAUUUGUGCCUAUGGACAAACAGUUACAUGAUUUUAUGAUUGAUUUUCCAUCUCAUAAAACGUGGUUGAUAAGGGUAAUAAAUCAGCUGGUAAAUGACAACAUUAACUUAAAGACUGAAACAGUAGAAAGAAUAUAUAAAUUUUUACAUGCAGAAAUAACAGAUGAUGUAGUACAAGUUCUUCAAAGUUUAACAAAAUAAAGUGAUGUGAAAUUACCCAGCAAUUUUAUAUUUAAUAAAUUUCAAGUUUAUUAGAUCAUA